ACAGCAUCACCAUGUCUGUUCAAUACAGCUCAAGCAAGCAUUACUCUUCCUCCCGCAGUGGAGGAGGAGGAGGAGGAGGAGGUGGAAGAGGAUCCUCCCUCCGAAUUUCCAGCAGCAAAGGCUCCAUUGGUGGAGGAUUUAGCUCAGGGGGUGGUUUCAGUGGUGGCUCUUUUAGCCGUGGGAGCUCUGGUGGAGGCUGCUUUGGGGGCUCAUUAGGUGGCUAUGGAGGAGGGUUAGGAGGAGGAUUAGGAGGAGGUUUUGGUGGAGGUAGCUUUGGUGGAAGCUAUGGAAGCAGCAGCUUUGGUGGGGGCUAUGGAGGAGGCGGCUUUGGAGGAGGCAGCUUCGGUGGGGGCAGCUUCGGUGGGGGCAGCUUCGGUGGAGGCGGCUUUGGAGGCUUUGGUGGUGGAUAUGGAGGAGAUGGUGGCCUUCUCUCUGGAAAUGAAAAAGUAACCAUGCAGAAUCUGAAUGACCGCCUGGCUUCCUACUUGGACAAAGUUCGAGCUCUGGAAGAAUCAAACUAUGAGCUAGAAGGCAAAAUCAAGCAGUGGUAUGAAAAGUAUGGCAGCACAAACCAGCGAGAGCCUCGUGACUACAGCAAGUACUACCAAACCAUCGAAGAUCUUAAAAAUCAGAUCCUUAAUCUAACAACUGACAACGCCAAUGCACUGCUUCAGAUCGACAAUGCCAGGCUGGCAGCUGACGACUUCAGGCUGAAGUAUGAGAAUGAGGUAGCCCUGCGCCAGAGUGUGGACGCUGACAUCAACGGCCUGCGCAGGGUGCUGGAUGAACUCACCCUGACCAAGGCUGACCUGGAGAUGCAGAUCGAAAGCCUGACUGAAGAGCUGGCCUACCUGAAGAAGAAUCAUGACGAGGAAAUGAAAGACUUCCAAAAUGUGAACACUGGUGAUGUGAAUGUGGAAAUGAACGCUGCCCCAGGCAUUGAUCUGACUCAACUUCUGAAUAACAUGAGAAACCAGUAUGAAGAACUUGCUGAACAAAACCGCAAAGAUGCUGAAGCCUGGUACAAUGAAAAGAGUAAGGAACUGACUACAGAAAUCGAUAGUAACAUUGAACAAAUAUCCAGCUAUAAAACUGAGAUUACUGAAUUGAGACGCACAAUUCAAGGUCUGGAGAUCGAACUACAGUCCCAGCUAGCACUGAAACAAUCCCUGGACGCCUCCUUGGCAGAAACAGAAGGUCGCUACUGUGUGCAGCUCUCACAGAUUCAGGCCCAGAUCUCCACCCUGGAGGAACAACUGCAACAGAUUCGAGCUGAAACCGAGUGCCAGAAUUCUGAGUACCAACAACUCCUGGAUAUUAAGAUCCGACUGGAGAAUGAAAUUCAAACCUACCGCAGCCUGCUAGAAGGAGAGGGAAGGUAAGUUAUAAAAAAAUUUUUUAAAUUAUCCCAAUUGUUUUUAUUAAACAUUCCAAAUUGCAAGGCUUUCCCAAAAUCCAAGGACAUGCCAGCGAAUGGGAGAAAUGGGAGAAGGGAGGAGGCUGAGUAUAGAAAAAUGCAUAUGCAACCAGUCGCAUUUCCCAUGUAUUUGGCCCAAGAAUGAUUCUUAGAGUUGUGUGUAAAUAAAAUUGUUUUUAAAGAAUGGGUUUUAAAAUACAUACUUGGCAGGGCUAUUUUUUUUCCUCAAAACACGUUUUGAUUAUUUUCUAAAGUAACAAUAAUCUGGAGAGCGACCCACCGUUUCCCAGUGUCACAGUUAAGUGAGUGUGACAUUUACUCCCUGUAGUUCCGGCGGCGGC